AAUGAUGAAACGUGUUUUACUGGGAAAGAAAAUGCAACGGAGAUGGCUGAACUCGUUGCAAAGCUAGCACGCAACAAUUUGACGAUUGAGACAAGCGUGGAGCAAUACUGGGAGCGGCGAGUGCUAAUGCAAACCGAUUCGAUAUCGGAUUUUGGCGGAAUCCAGUGGGAGCUGCUUGGAAUAAUGACCCUCACCUGGAUCGUCGUGUACUUCGCGCUUUGGAAAGGGAUCACGCGCGCGCGUAAGGUAAUCAAAUGCACAGCGCAGCAAUAA